UAUUAAUGUUAUUAUGAAUUUUGUCUUAUUAUUUAAUAUGUAAAUUUUCUGUGGGCUAAAAAGCAAAGAAAAAUACAAACCAUCACAUCUCCUCUUCUAAAUUAGCACUUAAAAAAAAUUAACAGAGAAAAACACACAGAUAAUGACCAUUGAGAAAAUAAAAAAAAUCAUAGGUUAAAAUAAAAUGUUGUUCUUCACCAAGAAACAUAACAGAACUUCUCCUUCUUCUUCAAUGGCACAUUCUUCUCUCUCUUCUCUCCUUCUCUCUCACUCUCACCAAUCAAUUAACCCUUUCCCUACCUUUAAUCCAAAUUCUAAACCAAACCCCUUUCUCACACAACGUUCAUUAUCUUUCUCUAUUAAAAACUCUUCAAAUAACAGCAAUAACAAAAUCACAUACCCACCGCAGCCACCGCCACCGCAACAGGAGAAAAAGUCAUUUGCUGUGGUCACAGGAGAGCUUUUCUUGGGAAUUGCGUCGAGGUUGUUGAAAAGUGGCAGCAGAAAUAAAUAUAAAGAUGGAGACUUUUCUAAUUCUGGUGUCUCUUUGUUCGAGAAAUCUAAUGGUAAUGCGAAUGUCGAUUAUGAAGAGAGAAUUGGGGCUGUUAUGGAGGAUGAGAUAGAGCCUGAGGUUAUUUGGGAACAAAGGGUUAAAGAUAUUGAGGCUGAGAAAGAACGGCGUGUCGUUACAAGUCCUGGGUUUAGUUUUUCUGCUGCUGGCUUGUUGUUUCCUUAUCAUCUUGGUGUUGCUCAAUUGCUUAUUGAAAAGGGUUAUAUUAAGGAAACUACACCAUUGGCUGGUUCCUCUGCUGGUGCCAUAGUCUGUGCAGUGAUUGCUUCAGGGGCUAGUAUGCAUGAGGCCCUAGAAGCUACCAAAGUGCUGGCCGAAGACUGUAGGUUAAGAGGGACCGCAUUUCGACUUGGGGCUGUUCUUCGUGAUGUUCUUGAAAAGUUUCUGCCUGAUGAUGCUCAUAUCAGGUCUAAUGGCAGGGUUCGUGUUGCUGUGACUCAGAUUUUGUGGAGGCCCAGGGGUUUACUAGUGGAUCAAUUUGACUCCAAAGAAGAUCUCAUAAAUGCAGUUUUCACUUCUUCAUUUAUUCCAGGAUAUCUUGCACCAAGACCUGCCACAAUGUUUCGAAAUCGACUUUGCAUUGAUGGGGGUUUGACAUUGUUUAUGCCACCUACAUCUGCUGCUCAAACGAUUCGCGUUUGUGCUUUCCCGGCUAGUCGAUUGGGUCUGCAAGGAAUUGGGAUUAGCCCUGACUGCAAUCCUGAAAAUAGAGCUAGCCCUAGAGAGCUUUUCAACUGGGCACUGGAGCCAGCAGAAGAUGAUAUCCUUGACAGACUAUUUCAGCUUGGAUACUCAGAUGCAGCUGUGUGGGCUGAGGAGAACCCAGUUGAUAAAGUAGUUCAGGAUGACAGUCCUACAGUUGAAAAUGGCUUGGCAAAUAGCUGAUCAUAAAGUGAUAUCCCAGCUUGAUAUUGAAGAUGCCCUUUUUUUUUUAGUUCUCACAUUAGUUCCAUACCUUGGAUCAAAAUAGUGUUUCAUUUAGGGCACGAAUGCCCAUUUUCUGUUUCUUGUACUAUAUUGUACAGUAAACUUUGUAAACUAACUAAUAUUAAGUAUCUCAAAAAGGAAAUGGAAAAAUAAGAAAAGCAAAAUUGUAUA